AUUUUGAGUUUCAUUUAUGUUAAAGAAAAAAAAAACACUAUAUUAAGAAAAACCGAGACUAACAAAGAAAGAGCUAAGCAUGGAGGAAGAAAAGGAAGCGUUGGUGGCAAAAAGCGAAAAGCACCAAUCAGACUCAGACUCUGAGGUGAAGCAGGUGGAGAUUCACCUCUUCCGGCAAGGCCAAGGACCGAUUGCAGUAUUCAAAUCGGAGCUUGCCGGAUGUGAACAAAACCGGUUGGAUGUCCGUCGGAUCCUCCACCAACACUCCCUCAAAUCCAUCUUCGCUUUCAACCCUCGAUCUGGCCGCGCCGCCCCUAUCCGCUUCAACCCUAAAACCGGAAAUUCCGCCUUGCCUUACCGAAACGGCGCCGUUCUCUACAUCGACAGCGAACCUAAGGAGUCGUUGCUUAAACCUUUGAGCAGGAUUUUGAUUGGGGUGGCACUGAUAACUAUUAUGAUAAUGUUAGUUUCGGGUGAAAUUGCUGUUAGUACUCCAGAAUGGGUUCAGAAACUGAAUGUUUCUGGUGUGAAUUUCCCCCCUUUGAUAGUGGCUUGUGUAGUUGUUGUUUUCUCUCGCAUGAGGCACAGGACUAGACGAUUUCUCAAGAGGCUUGGGAUCUAAUUCAUCCAUCAAUUAUUCAUGAGGAAGAUGGCCGUGGAAUUGAUUGCUUACUGGUAUUGCUGUGUAGUUUUUGUUUUUAACUGUGUGCUUUAAAGUUCUCAAGAAAUUGAUUGGAUGGGUUAAUUGUAGGUAAAGAUUGGUUGCAUAAAUAGAUAUAGAUCAUACAUGGGUUAUAUGUUGAGUGAUAGAAUGUUCUUAUAUGGUGUGUUAUUGCUACUAGUAUUGGUGUCGAAUCAAUGUUCGCAUAGAUAGUUUUAAAUGAUAUUGCAACAAAAAAGUCAUAUUCUGAAUU